UCAUCUGGAUUUAAUACCCAAAUUACUGAAUACUAUGUAUCUUUUUCAUGAACAUUUCUGCCCUGAUCCUACAUUUUUUUAUUUGAUGAGCAGAAAAGAAGUGAUCACAUGAUGGAAGAAAAUAAGAAUAAAGUAGACCUAGCAAAAAGCCAUCUCUCAAAAUCAAGAAGGGGAAAAAAACGAGUGGAGGAGUAGGAGUCUGAACUCUGAUAUGUACCUAAGGAAGGCAAUAGGGGAGCCACACACACCUAUAAUAUUUCCCACUCUUCUUUCCUGUGGUUUAUAUAACUCUUUCUAAGAUGUGGAGAAAAACAGGAAUUGCAAAAUGAUCCCUCAAAACUGCUUCUUAUGUUAGCUAGCUGGAGAGGGAAAAGCUGGUAUUGCAGCAGGAUGGCAACAGCUCCCCAUGCUGUUGACUUUUUCUGCUCUUUCCUUUCAGAAAAAGGAAACUAAAGCUCCACUCUUGAAGUGACAGAAGUAUAGAUCAAGGCAAAGCUGCAUCUCAACGAUAAUGAGGAAGGGGGAAAAAAAAGAUCCUGGACAAAUUCCUUGGACAUGGAAGCAAUCUUUGCCAUUAGAUUUGUUCCAAGCAUCUCAGUCAGCUGUGGAGCUCAAGAAUGCCAAAAAAGAAAAACUACUGCAAAGUGUUGUAAUUCCUGUAACGGAGCCUUCAAAAAAAUGGAGAAAGUUUUCUUACUCUCCCCAGUGGGCAAGUAUAUUAGAUGUGGCUCAAAAAAUCUUAGAUGAAGAAGACAAAAUGAAAAAGAAACAGGGGAAUAAAGCAAAAGGAAAACAAACCCAAUCAGAUAAGAACUUCAGGAAGGAAAUUAUAGAAGCUGAAGAAAAACUGAUGCCUCAAUUUUGUGAUCUGCAUGAUAUAAAACUAACAACUAUACAGCCUUUGUUGGAGAAAUUACCAUCUCCAAAGCUCUCAUAUUUACGGGCAGAGAAAGAGAUCUUAACAGCUAAAGAAAUGGAAGAUAUUAUUCAGGAAAUUGUAGCCCUCAGGGCCAGAGAGAAGCUUUCUGAAGAAGCUAUGGCUAAAGAAGGAGAAAAAGAGAAGCCCUUUUCUGAAGACAUCUCUUCUAUCAAUGCCCCAACCCCAGGCUACCACUGGGACUGGAGGUGGCCACUUUAAAAUGGCUACUCAGGAUGAAGGUGCAGAAUCAAACACCUACAUUACUGCCUUCGGAGCACCAUUCAAUAACCUAUCAAUGUGCUGAAAUGUUUUUGUUAUUGUGAGUUGCUUUUGUUUUUGCUAUUGUUGCUCCUGCUGCUUUCCAUUCAAAGCCUCUGCGGGCAAUUUCUUUAAUCUAUAUACUACUAAAACUCUUGUGUCUGUCUGGUUGCUUAUAACAUUCAAUUGGGCAAAAUGAUAUGUCAUAGGGCAACAAUUUUUGAACCAAGAUACCUCAAGUGGGCUAACAUACCUAGUUACAAGACUAUUGUACCUGUGGGAAUGAAAUUUGAGGAAGUUGUGGUCACUGAUAUGGGCAGCCACCAUCACAUUUCCAAUGCCGUUUGUCAUUUCCAAUUCUUCCUACCAACUUCCUGCAAGUCAGUGAGGAAGCUGGUAGGAAAUGUAAACUCAGUCAUGACUGCCAACACUCCCUGCCAGCUUUCCAUAAAGUCUUUGUUGUGGGAAGCUGACAGUUCAGCAGUGGGGAAGCCAUUAGGGAAGGUUGCAAGCUGGUCAGGUAAAUUGCUCUCACCUGUGCUAUCUCCUCAAUUCCUCUGCACUGAUGCCACACAGGCCACUUGCACAACACCCAUAUCUUUCCUGAACCAUGUCACUCUCCUACUCACCCUCCCUGACCUGUGUGGCACCUGUUGCACAACUGUGUAUCCUACACACUCUUCCUAACUCAUGCCAUACCUUUGCAUAUUCUCUCUGAUUCAUGGAGUGCCUCUUGCUCACCCAUGUGCAUCCAUGCACAUCCUUCCCCAACUGUGCACACCGCUGCACAUGGGUACAUGUCAGGGAAAGUGCAAAUCGGUGAAACAGGUACAUGAGCAGCACUGGAGAGAAGUCCAAAAGAGUAUGCUGGGGUGCAUAGAGGUGUACAAGAGGUGCCUCAUGGAGAAUGCACAAUAGUGCAGCACAAGUUGGGGACAAUGGACAAGGGUAUGUGAGGGUACAGGGGGAACAUAAUUGGAUGAGGGAGGCAUAGAAGGGUCUGGAAGGGAGCACAGGAUGCAAGAAUGUUAAGUAAGAAAAUAUCUGUGAAAUGAUAGUCAACAGUGCACAGGUUGCUUAGCGUGCAUUAAGUAUGCAAAAAGAUGCCAAAAUAAACACUUCACUGGAUGCCUGUCCUGUCAUAUAAACUGCAGGAUGACUGGACUGUAUUUAAGCAACUUUGGAUCCAUUCCAAUCAAGCAGAUCUGGUUGUUCAGAUGACAUUCUCAGAUGAGAAUGGUACACAGUUUUUAUAACAAGCAAACUAUUUAUUAGUUAUGUAUUAUUUUAUCCUGCAUUUACUACAAAAAGCUCAAGGAAGAAUAUAUAGUUAUUUCCUUUCCACCCACCAUGGGAUAAUGGAAAUAGAAUUGAUAUGUAAUAAAACUAUAAAGCCCUUAUUUUUUUUUCAGAUUACAACAAGACCACAUGCUUAAGGUUUGCUUUAAAAAUUGGGUAGUUUUGAUCCUGUAGCUAGGAAGUAUGAAACAGCUUUAAUUGUUGUCCAAAAUGUUCUGCUGACUAAAAUUAAUUUCUGGAUAAACAGGAGUGAGUUGUAAAAAGGUUUUAAGAAGAGAAAAGGAAUAGUAAAAAGAAAGAGAACAUUGUCUUCCAUCCCUUAUUUUUUAUAUCUUUUUAUUAGGCCCUGGGGAAUUCAAAGGAUAUUGAGAUUCAGUAAAGAACAUGCACAUGGGAUAUAACAGUAACUAGACUUCUGAUGACUUGCUGAGAAUCAAUUCCUUAAUGGGAAAAAUUCCCCAAUGGCCAGAAUGAGGAAUGAGGAAUUUUGCCAAAAGUAAGACCUCUCCUAUGAAGUUAUGGAUUGCCAAAUGGCUAAAUUAUUAUUAUUAUUAUUAUUAUUAAUAAAGGAUGUUUGGUAUGGAUGUUUAUUCCACAGAAAUAAGAUCCCUGUCUCUAUUCUAAUCUGAGUGUUACCUGUGUCAACGCUGUGACAAUGGAUGUUCCCGCUCUGACAACUGAGGGAAAUAGCAGCCAUUUUUACUUUGCUUUCAGCAUGCUUCUGCUGUUUAGGAAUCAGAUGUAGAAGGGGGCAUGAGGUGAAUGCUUGAGCUCAGCUAGCCAUAAUAAUAAUGCCACUUUGUGGGAACUCAAGGACACAAAUCAAUAAUGUUUUGGCCGGCUGAGGAGCUGGAGAAGGAGUCUGUGCUUCAGGCUAAUUGGAGAAUGUGAUU